CCUCUGCUCCCUCGCUGUCUUGCGUGGCGUGGCGGGAGCCGGUCCGAGGACAGGGCUCCUCCGGGGCCUUGAUCUGUUGUCCCCAGAGAUGCUGCCCCAGUGGUCGGUGCAGUCGGAGCGGGCCCCCGGGGAGCCAGAACCCGAGGCGGCGGGCGAGGAGCUGUGGGAGCAGGAGAUGGAGCGGCUGUGCUCCUCCCAGGAACCCGUGCGGACGCUGCCCUAUGCCAUGGCGGACAAGCGCUUCAUCCGGCAACUGCGGGAGCCCGAGGGGGUGAAGACCUCGUGCUGGCAGCGGUGGCGGCGCAGGUGGCAGACUGCAGGAGGACGCCUGGGGGAGGCAGUGCAGCGGCUGGCCCAGGGCUUUGGGCUCUGGGAGGGGGCUCUCUACGAGAUCGGGGGCCUCUUUGGCACCGGAAUCCAGUCUUACUUCACCUUCCUUCGCUUCCUGCUGCUGCUCAACCUGCUGACUCUGCUUCUGACCGCCGGCUUCGUCCUGCUGCCCCUGGUCUGGCUCCGGCCCCCUGACCCAGGCCCCACCCUUAACUUCACCCUCCAGUGCCCCGGCGGCCACCAGCCCCAGACUGGUGUUCCCAAUCUUCACAAUCAACUUUGGAAUGUUUUAACCGGCAGGGCCUUCUACAACACCUACCUCUUUUAUGGUGGGUACCGGGCGGGGCCCGAGAGCAGCUCGGCAUACAGCAUCCGCCUGGCCUACCUCCUGAGCCCGCUGGCCUCCCUGCUCCUCUGCUUCUGUGGGACUCUACGGCGGAUGGUGAAGGGGCUGCCACAGAGGCUGUUCCUGGGCCAGGACUACCGGUCGCCUCUCAGUGCCAAGGUCUUCUCCUCCUGGGACUUCUGUAUCCAGGGAUGGGAAGCAUCCACCAUCAAGAAGCAUGAGAUCAGCAAUGAGUUCAAGGUGGAGCUGGAGGAGGGGCGUCGCUUCCUGCUGGAGCAGCAGCAGACCCGGGCCCAGAGGGUCUGCCACCUGCUUACCUACCUACGGGUCAACAUCCUCAUCGGGCUCCUGGUGGUCGGGGCCAUCAGCGCCAUCUUCUGGGCCACCAAGUAUUCGCAGGACAACAAGGAGGAAUCCCUGUUUGUGCUGCUCCAGUACCUGCCCCCUGGGGUCAUUGCCCUGGUCAACUUUCUGGGUCCCCUGCUGUUUGUUUUCCUGGUCCAGCUGGAGAACUACUCUCCCAACACUGAGGUCAACCUCACCCUUAUCUGGUGCGUGGUGCUGAAGCUGGCAAGCCUGGGAAUGUUCUCCUUCUCCCUGGGCCAGACCGUGCUGUGCAUUGGCAGAAACAAGACCAGCUGCGAGUCCUACGGCUACGACGCCUGUGACUACCAGUGCUGGGAAAACUCGGUGGGGGAGGAGCUGUACAAGCUGAGCAUCUUCAACUUCCUCCUCACAGUGGCCUUCACCUUCCUCGUCACCCUGCCUAGGAGGCUGCUUGUGGAGCGAUUCUCGGGCCGGUUCUGGGCCUGGCUGGGCCGAGAGGAGUUCCUGGUGCCCAAGAACGUGCUGGACAUCGUGGCGGGGCAGACGGUCACCUGGAUGGGCCUCUUCUACUGCCCCCUGCUGCCCCUGCUCUAUAGCGUCUUCAUCUUUCUCACCUUCUACCUCAAGAAGUAUACCCUCCUGAGGAACUCCACGGCUCCCUCUCGGCGAUUCCGCUCCUCCAGCUCCACCUUCUUCUUCCAGCUGGUGCUCAUCCUGGGCCUGCUCCUGGCCUCCGUGCCCCUGGGCUAUGUGGUCAGCAGCAUCCACUCCUCCUGGGACUGCGGCCUCUUUGCCAAUUACUCGGCGCCCUGGCAGGUGGUCCCGGAGCUGGGGGCCCUCCGGCUCCCACCCCUUGGCCAGCGCGCCCUCCACUACCUCAGCUCCCAUGCUUUCAGCUUCCCCCUCCUCAUCCUGCUCAGCCUUGUCCUGACCGUGUGCGUCUCCCAGUCCCAGGCCAAUGCGAGGGCCAUUCAAAGGCUCCGGAAGCAGCUGGUGUGGCAAGUCCAGGAGAAGUGGCACCUGGUGGAGGACCUGUCGCGGCUGCUGCCAGACUGUCUGGGACCCGGGUCCCCUCACUCCCAAGCUUCGCGCCCGCGAUCCUUCUGCCCCGGAUUCCCGUGCCCGGGCUCCCCGGGUCCCAGACCCCCCAGGCCGGGACCGUCCCUCGUGGAUCCCGCCGGGCUGCGCGGUGCUCCGGCCCCCUCCUGUAGAUUCCGCUUCCCCAGCGUCUCUGAGCUGUAGCACCGACCCCCGCCUCCGCCCUGAACCUUCCCAGGGCCCGACCUGCAGCCCUCCACCUCCCCCCCCCACCCCCCGUGCCGGGGUCCUCCUUGCCCCACGCUCCUGCCCCCUGU